CUUCAAUUUAAAAAAUAGAAACAAACCCUAAGGCGUAAGGACGCCGUUUUAUUAUGUUGUUGUUUACUUGAUAACUUAAAUAAACUAAAGGAAUAAAAGAAGAAAUAAAGAGUAAAAUAUUGCCCUCAUUUUAAAUAAAAUGGAAGAAUUGUGUCCCGGCUGCCUCUGUUCAGGAAGAAAAUUAACUUACAUUAGCGGAACGUCUGUUUACUAUUUUUACAAACAAAUUGUUGAUGAAAUUGCUGCUCCAGAAGUGCUACCGCAACUUUCAAAGGUUUGUUGGGAAUGUACAGCGUUGCUCCGUCGAUUCCAAUGUUUCCAACAGCAAGUCAAGUGCUGUUAUCUUGAGUUACUAAUGUGUGUACAGCAGAAUUCACAACAAUCACUAUCAAAACCAUCACACCUUCAAUGUCAGUCAGCAGUCACUAUUAGCUUUCCAGAAGUGAAAGUAGAUGUGGAGAUUAAAGAGGAAACAGAAGAAGUUCAUUGUGAACCAGAAACAUUUGUUAAUCAGCUAACUUGGGGAGAUAAUUUAGAAAAAGAUGUGCUACCCUGUGAACGUCAAGACAUUGUGAAGAAAGCUCAUAAGGCAGAAAAUAAACAAAAUCUUAAAGGCAAAACAAAGAAAAAGCAGAAAAAGAGACUUAAAUUAAAAAGAAAAACUAAAUUAAAAAAAGAAACAUCUGAGAGUGACCAUGAUUUUGACAAUGAUGAGACUGAUUUUCAAAUUGAGGAUGUAAAAGUAGAUCAAAAUAUUGAACAAGACAUAGACCAAAAUGUUAUAAAGGAAAAUUUAGAUAAAAAUGAAAUAAAUUUGGAGAACGAAACUAAGGACAAAGAGCAAUCAGGGACAGAAGUAAAUGAAACACAGGUUGAGUUGGAUGAAGAUGUACCUGACAUAAGGAAUGAUGUUUCAGUGAAAGUGAAUGUAAGAAAUAGAGAACAAUUACCCGAGAGGCCUCAAUGUGUUGAAUGUGGGAAAGUGUUCAGUUCAAGAAAGACAUAUCGUUAUCAUCUAAAUGUAUUACAUAAAGGGCAGAAUCGUCACCCGUGUCCGAAAUGCGGUAAAGUGUAUCAAUGGAAAUCGAACCUGGGAAGACAUAUGCGAAGUCAUAAGGCGCGUGAUAGUGGUGAAUUGUAUUGUGUGAAAUGCGACAAGUCUUUUGCGUCUGUGGCGACGUACAGACAGCAUAUACGGGUGUCCAGGCGACAUGUGUCGGAAAGUGAAUUUACUUUCACGUGCGACGAGUGCGGAAAGAAGUUCGUGAGCAAGACACGCUUGCGUGACCAUGUUGAUUGGGAACAUCUAAAUAAAAUUAAAUUCCGCUGUCAGCUGUGUAAUAAGCCGUUUAAGUGCCACACGUCGCUAUACGUACACCUUCAGAACGUGCACAGGAAUAAAGAAAGGAGAGACAACUUGUGCCAUGUUUGUGGGAAAUCAUAUCAGAAUGCAGCAAAAUUAAAAUACCACAUAGUGGCGAUGCACACGAGUGAGACGCCAUAUCAGUGCGCGGACUGCGACGCCGCCUUUGGGUGGUACUCCUCGUUGUACCGGCACAUACGAGAAGUGCAUUACAAGAUGAAAAUUCAAGCAAAGAAAAGUAAGAAGGAUAAAAAAUUACAGUUGCAAGAAUUGAUUCCGCUACCCUCGGAAGCCCCGGGACCUUAGUUCCUUUGCCUCCGUCCGCUAGUCUGUUGCAAUUCCUGUUCAAAAGACAUUUUGAUUUUUGAUUACAAAACUAGUAUUAUUUUGUAUGCAGAAAAAGUAUUGCCUUUACAUAUAUUAAACAAUCAGCAUUUUCUAAAUCUCUUAAUUAAUUUUGUUUGUUACAACAUCUGCAGUGCCAUGAACGACCUCAUCAUUGAAAGUCAAGUCUGCUUAAAACCUUGAUAGAGCCAUUUUUUUACAAAUGUAACAGUAAAACAUAUUGCGUUGUUUAAGCGACAAUA